UUCUUGGAUCAGGAAGAGUGGUAGGAAAGAAGGGAGAUGAAAAUCCAGAAAUCUUCAAUGUGACAGGGAAGAGUUCAGAACAAUUUCAACAGACAGAUUUGUAGCAAUUUUAUAAUACGAGUUUGGAAGUGUGAAAUGAUGAUAAGUAUAAUUCUCAUAUCCCUGGUUUUGUUUCUUCUGAGUGCACAGUUCCUGAAUUUGCAAUGGAAGAGUCGUGGAUUUCCUCCUGGUCCAACCCCAUUUCCCAUCAUUGGAAGUAUCUGGUGGAUAAACUUUAGAGCUGAUCAUGGGAGCCUGAAAAAGCUGGCAAAAACCUAUGGCAACAUCUGCACCCUGUGGAUGGGUCACAGACCUAUGGUGGUGCUCUAUGGGUUCCAAGCUGUGAAGAAUGGUCUCACCAACAACUCGGAGGAUGUUUCAGGGCGACUGCAGACCUACAUUUUCAACCAAAUGGCAGAUGGAAAGGGUAUCUUGGUCUCAAAUGGUCUCACCUGGAAACAACAGAGGCAUUUUGGAAUUGGAACUCUCCGAAAACUGGGAAUGGGGAAUAAAGGAAUGGAGCGUGGGAUCCAAACCGAGGCCCGUUACCUGGUGGAGUUCUUCAGAGACAAGGAGGGAGAAGCUGUGGACCCUUCCUUUCCCAUUGUCCAUGCUGUCUCCAAUGUGAUUUGUGCUGUGGUUUUUGGACAUCGUUUCUCUCUGGAGGAUAAAACCUUCCAGCAGCUGAUUGAAGCCUUCAAUUAUAUAGUGGCUUUUGGGAACAGCCACUUUUAUUAUAUGUGUGAAAUGCUCCCGUGGUUUGCAGAGCACCUCCCAGGACCUCUACAUAAAGCGAGAUUUUCCCGGGAUUUUGUUCGUUCCUUUGUAAGGCAGGAGAUCAAAAGCCACAGGGAAAAAGGCAGAAUAGAUGAACCAGAAGAUUUCAUUGACUUUUACCUGAAACAGAUAGAGAAAACUAAAAAUGUCCCCAAUUCUACAUUUGAUGAAGACAACAUGGUGCAGUCUGUUUUUGACCUUUUCCUGGGUGGCUCAGAGACCACAGCCACCACUCUGCGCUGGGCUCUGCUCUAUAUGUUGGUUUACCCUGACAUCCAAGACAAAGUCCAGAAAGAGCUGGAUACUGUUCUUAGUCCCUCCCAUCUCAUCUGCUACGAGGAUCGCAAGAAGCUGCCGUACACAAAUGCUGUGGUUCAUGAGAUCCUCCGCUUCAGCAGCAUCGUUUUAAUCACACUUCCCAGAGAAGCUGUGAAGGAUACCACUGUUCUGGGGUAUCAUGUUCCAAAGGGCACUCUAAUCAUGGCAAGUGUAGACUCAGCUCUUUUUGACCCUGACUAUUGGGAGACACCUCACCAGUUCAACCCUGGCCAUUUCUUGGAUGAGGAUGGAAAUUUUGUGACCCGAGAGGCCUUCUUGGCCUUCUCAGCAGGUCACCGUGUUUGUCUGGGAGAGGCAAUGGCCAAGAUGGAGCUUUUCAUCAUGUUCUGCAGCCUGUUGCAGAAAUUCAAGUUCACUGUACCAGAAGGAGUUAAGGAAAUCAACACAGACCUUAUCUUUGGGAGUACCAUGAAACCCCAUCCAUACAAGCUCUGUGCAGUUCUGCGCUAGGUUGUUCAGCAUUAGAGAUUUAAGAGGCACAGACACAGGUUUGGUGGUGUGCUGGUAUUUAUGCAGCUUUAUGGUUGUCAUUUUUACCUCUAAUUCAGCGCAAAUCUCUCCUUAUUGUGUUAUAUGUGUUAAAAGCCAGGCCUAAAAAAUACUCUGGUUUUCCUGUGUCUGGAAAGUGUCUGUACUUCAUUUUUUUCCUGCUGUGUUACAAAUGAAAUAAAUGUAGACAAUUAUU